UCAAUCAUCAUUCAUCAAAUUAAAAAUGGAUUAAAAAGUGCUUUCUCGGUUUCCUUGAAAGAAAGAACCUUUGUCCAUUUGUGCAGAGUCCAUUACUGCCAAAAAUGUUUCAAAAUUGAACAAGAAAAGAAAGUAACUUCUCUUGACAACAAGUUAUUCCACUCAGUCACUCACAUAAUCACACUCUGUCUCAUUCUCCUUGAAUAAGGACACCCCAAAUGAAUCUUCUUCUUCUUCUGUUCCUGCCUAUUUGGCUGCUCAGCAUUUCUCUUUCCUCACCAAUUCUUCAUGCUGCUUCAUCCCCCAUUUCUGUUUCUCAAUCUUCUGCAAAUGCACAAGCUGAAUCUCCAGGAAUUCAGGAGGUUAGAGUAGUGCGCCAUCAGAAUUUGAAUAAGAGAAUUCUAAUAGCACUAAUUGCUUGUUCUGCUCUUCUUGGAGGAGUUUUCCUAUCCUUAUCAUAUGUCUGGUUCCGUCGACAUAGAAACUUAAGAUGCUCAAGUAGAAAAGGGCAAGAAAGGAUCGAGACUGCAAAAGGUGAAACCUUAAGCUCAGUUAAUGCUAAACUUAGCUACUCAAGGAUGGCAGAUAAAAAGAGUUCGGUUGCUAUUUUUGACUUUCAGCUGUUAGUGGCUGCCACAAACAGCUUUGCCACAAGUAAUAUUAUGGGAGAGAGUGGUUCUAGAACUGUUUACAGAGCUCGUUUUGAUGAACAUUUUCAGGCAGCUGUGAAGAAAGCAGAUAGUGAUGCUGAUAGAGAAUUUGAGAAUGAAGUGAGUUGGUUGAGCAAGAUGCGGCAUCAGAAUAUCAUAAAACUUCUGGGUUACUGUAUUCAUGGUGAAUCAAGGUUUCUUGUUUAUGAAUUGAUGGAAAAUGGAUCUUUGGAAACUCAAUUGCAUGGGCCUAAUCGGGGAUCAUCUUUAACUUGGCAUCUCAGAUUAAGAAUUGCAAUCGAUGUUGCCAGAGCAUUAGAAUAUCUCCACGAGCAUUCCAAUCCUCCUGUGGUUCAUAGAGACCUAAAGUCUUCUAAUGUUCUUCUAGAUUCAGACUUUAAUGCCAAGUUAUCAGAUUUUGGACUUGCCAUGGUUUCUGGAGUGCAACACAAGAACUUGAAGAUGUCAGGAACUUUGGGAUAUGUGGCACCUGAGUACAUAUCACAUGGUAAACUAACGGAUAAGAGCGAUGUUUAUGCUUUUGGGGUUGUCCUUCUAGAACUUCUAACCGGAAGAAAACCCAUGGAGAACAUGUCCUCACACCAAUAUCAAUCCCUGGUAUCAUGGGCCAUGCCUCAGCUAACUGAUAGAUCCAAGCUUCCAAGUAUUCUGGAUCCUGUUAUCCGAGACACAAUGGAUUUGAAACAUUUAUAUCAGGUUGCUGCUGUGGCUGUACUCUGCGUGCAAGCAGAACCAAGUUAUAGGCCACUAAUAACAGAUGUGUUACACUCUCUCAUCCCUUUGGUACCCGUUGAGCUUGGAGGGUCACUCAGAGUUACAGAACCAAUUCGCUCAGAGAACUCUCAAUGAUGUUGGAAAAUAAUAGUAUUUUCAACUAUGUCGUAGGUCAUGGUGAUUUUACCAUCGUUACAAGCUAUGAGGACACUAAGGUUAAAUUGGUGGCUGUCUAGCUGAAAGGUGCCUUUUUGAAUUGUUUGCGGGUAUGCAGGAAGAAUGCAACUGCAAUAUAAUAUAGAUAAAUCAUUAAUCUUUAAAAAAUUAAACUAACAUAUACGGCUUUUCAUCAUCCAUGACCUCUAUUCUAGCCUUCUUUCCUGUUAUUUAAACAUCAAACAUCAAAACGAUGUUCGAGCUUAUUACAUACUCUUUGCGGUGGUUCGAUAUUUAGAGUUACGGGAUCCUACAAAUUAGAUGUUUUGGAUAUCAUAUGACUAAACCAAAGUUGAAAUUCUCAUACAACGCUGGAACUAACAAACAAUCAUUUUCUUAAUGCUGAUUUGUGACAUGAGACAUGGGAGUAUUAGA